UCAGUGCGGAAUUUCGGGUCUGUGCAGUCACAUCACGUAAGAAAUUGAUAACAAUGAAAUUCGUCUUAAUUGCCUUGGCCCUUUUGGGUGCCGUUGCCGCUGAUGUCAGCCACUUGAGCAAUGAAUACCUGCCACCACAUGAAGCUGAAGUGAACAAAGAAUACCUGCCCCCACAUAUGGAAGCUUUGUUGUCUCACAAUCAUGUGGAAUAUGCCGAACAAACCAAUGAAGUGCCCCAGGAAGAGGAACCAGCCCCCGUGGUUGAGGAAGCAGCCGAAGAGUCUGCCUCAGAAUUCCAACAAAGCUAUGCCGCUGAUGAACCCGAAGACUCUUCCUCAAACACGGUUGAGGAGCAAGCCGCCCCCGAACCAGCACCUGUUGACAUUCCUCAAUCCUAUGAAUCCAGUGCCUCCUCAGGUGUAGAAACCCAAUAUGGCGAGAAUGGUGGAUACGUUUAUUAGAUUUUGUUUUAAUUUUUCAUUAGUAUGAAAUUAGCUUGUAUUUAGAUUAGGGAAUAAAUUAUUGACAAAUUCAA